GUCAAGACUAUGGCAACCGCUUGCCCAACAAUCGUUCCAGAAAGAAACAGUGUAAAUUUCUCGCUAAAUUAGAUUUCUAACGGCAAUAUGGUAUGAAUUGCUUGGUGGCAGGAUGUUUUCUCUGCUUAGUCGAGGAUAUGGCACAUAUGAUGGUAAAGCUAAAAAAGACACUCAAGAAACCCGGGAACACAAGGUAAACCUUUCAGUCACUGAUCAUUUGCAGUUUGUGUUGUUCCAUCGCGCGGGCUGCCGCAUCGUUUUAAUACGGGGCCUCAAAUGUGUUUUAUGUUUUUAUUUUAUAGUUGAUAACACAUCAGUAACUUUUUAAUUGUCUGGCCUAAAAAGUCGUAGUUAUAAUCCAGCUCUAAAGCGUGAAAGCUAGGCUAUCUUUUUCCGCAUUUUGAUCAGCAAACUAAUCCCUCCAGCUAGUGUCGCUCAAUUAAUAUUGAUCGAACAAAGUUAGGCUGAGUGUGAUAUUCAGCUAAAACUUAAUCACGAUGUUAACAUUUCUGGCUCUUGGAGUCACUAUUGGCAAGCUUGUUUUAUUUUUUUCUGAUUCACCCCGAAGAAAGUUGUCUGAACUACAGAAUAGAAGAAAUCUCACUGAUACCCAAAGCUGUUGUUUUUGUUGACACCUUACCCACAACAAAUCACUCGAUGUCUGAUUCCACUCGUGCUUGGGAUUCUGCGGGGUUAAAUGUACAGGCGCCGAAAAUAUGUGUUCUGCAGAAGAGUAACAUGGUAGGCUCAUAUACUGAGUCAGAGUACUCAAGAAAGAUGAUUGAGACAGGGGCGAUGAAAUUUCUUGCUAGCGUGAACGUUUUGGUCAGAAGUAAAUGUGUCUUCGACAAAAGCAUUUAAUGUUGGUGCUUUGUGCACCAAUAUUAAAUGCAUUUGUUUGUCAAUUACAGUGAUAUAAUUUACGAAAUCAAUUCAAUCAAUUUAGUAUAAUUCCUACCAUUUUGAAAAUUAUGUGCUUAGAUGUAUGGAAAGACUACACUGACAUUUAUCCUUUUCACCACAAAGCAUGCAUUCAUUUUACAUUUACAGUACACCCUGGGUGAUUGUUAAAUCUAUUACAUUCAUUUUAAAUUACUGGUGAUCUUUGCAAUCUGAUUGGUACUUAUUGAUGCAAUUCUUUUCACAAUUUGUAUCUUUUUCCCUGCCUAUAAGACAGCUUUACUUAAACACAAGCAAUCAAAUUUCAAGGCUUGUUUAAAGAGAGUGAUCCAAAGUACUGCGUUUCCAACUUUUUACAAACCAGCUCAUGCCUGAUCAAUACUGGAUUGAUAAAAUAUUUGUACAGACUUAAGAAAAAAACUUUAUUGUGAGGGAUUUCAAAAUGAAUGUAAUAAAGUGGUAACUGAACUUUGCAUCAUGCAAUUUUGGUCUAAAAUCUUACUUGUAAUUUCAAAUCUAAUCAAAUACAGAGCAGCUCAAUACUGGAUCAAUAAAAUAUUUGUACAGACUUUAAAAAACAGUAUUUUGAGUGAUUUAAAAAUCGAUGUAAUAAAGUGGUUAUUGAUCUUACUUGUGAUUUCAAAUCUAAUCAAAACUAUAGCAAAAUUCUCGAACCUUAUUGGUUAUCACCAGCCUCUUUUGAGGACUAACAAGACAGUACACAGGUCAUGCUUGUGACUGGAUAAUGUAAUAAGAAAGGUAUUACAUCAUGUUUGUGUAAUUGGAAAGUGCACAUCAUUUGCAUGCCCUGUUGUGGCACAUUUUGCAGAGUUAGCUGUUGUUUUGCUUAUGAAAACAUUCAACUCAUGUCUAGUUUUAUUUCUCAAAUUUUGUCAUAGUUUUGAUUAAUUGGUAACAGGACCUUGUAUCAUCCUAUUCCUGGCUGUAAUCAAACUUGGGAUUAAUGAUUUCAAGCCCUGAGAAAAGCCAUAACAACACAUGAAAAAAUAUAAUUAUUUUUCACGUUUUCGCACCACUCAGUCGUGUGGAUGAAUGAAUGGCAAAUCAAGCCUUACAAUUCUCUAUCCAAUUUUCAUGGAUAUUGUCAACUAAAACACUGAAAAAUUGGUAUCACUCAUUGACAGUGAUGUUUAAAAUUUCCAUGAAGGAAAGGAAAACCAAAAUAAGCAAAGAAAAACCAAAAGCUUCGUACUCAGUGGCUCAGUGGUAAUGGCAUUCCUGUAGUAGUGAUCACUUGUAGAUAUGGAAUUUCUCUUCUUGUGUUCAACUAGAUAUCUCACUUGUUUGCUGUGCUCACUCCUGAGUUAUAGAGUAGAACACUUGAAGAGAAAUUCCAUAUCUAAGGGCACCAUGUAUUAUUCUCUAUAUCUCACCUCCUUGCUGCACUCACUCAUGAAAUAUCCAGUUAAACACUUGAAGAGAAAUUCCAUACCUACACACGCCAUGUUCAAUUCUCUAUUUCGUAUCUACAGGGUGGUGGCUUAUUUGAGGUGAGCACUUAUUUGAGGUUGGACACUUAAUCAAAUAAAUAGAGGAAAUAAUAAAAUCAUAACUUUGAUUCAAUUCAUCAUGUCACUUUCUCUCGCACACUAUUAUAAAUGGUUGCUUAUCCUACUUGUUGGACAUCAAAUUGUACUGUGAUUUGAUUUACAGUAAAAGAUUUUUGGAUUAGCAUGGAGUUUAGAUAAAUGUUACAAAGCAAAAUAAGUAAACUAUCAAAGCUGUUGACAAAUCUGCAGUUUUUCUUGACUGUAAUUAUUCUAUUAAGGCAAGUUCUCUCUGUUUGGAUCCAAUCAAGUCAAAGUCAAGAAACUAUACGGAAGACUUUCAGGCUAAAAAUGAACCACACAAUGUUUUCUUUUGUGGUUUAUUUGUGUAUUCUAUAUGACUUUCUUUUCAUAAGUUCCCACCUGAAUGGUUUUCAGUUGUGUCAAAAGACUCUUACAGAAUGUAGAUGACCAAUCAAAAAGGUCUUUUAUAUAAAUUCUAACUUCACUAUAUACUGUAUCUUCACAGAAGUAAAGCUGAGCAUAUUAAAUGUGGGCUAUUGAUAAGACUACUGUAUUUCUCUGUUUUUAGUUGCAUUCAAUGUUUUCUGUCAACAACUGGUCAUCCAAAGGAAAUCAAGAAGGGUUGAAUUUUCAUAAAUUUUUCUUUGGAGCACAAGUUGAAAAACAGUUUCAACUAUUGUCUUAAAAGUAAUUAAAAGUAAUCUCAACAGCCAAUGAGAACAUGAUAUAACAAAGAUCUAAUGAGCACUCCUAGUAACAAACAAACGUUAAAGGAUUGUGCUCUACCCAUUCUAAGGGAUAUUUAUCAGACAUGCCAUAAUAAUUGUUUAUUCAUGUAAGCAACAAUUAAAAUCAUGGAAUUGUGGAAUAAAAAGCAUGAGCAAAUUUGAAGAUACUGAAAUUAAUUGAACAAGCUAACAGGAUGAGUGCAGUUUACAGUAUAUGUGAAGUUUAUCACUGCUAACUAUGUUAUUGCUGGUUGGUAUGAAAAAAUAAUUUUAUUGUCCAUGAGCUGCACUCUUUGGAAUUGAUUGUUAGUUUCUGAGCCUGCCAAUGAGUUUGGAGAAAUUUUUGACUGUACACAUGAAUGAUGCAUGCACGUUAAUGAUGCAUGCAAUGGUGGUUAGCUAAUUGUUUAAUAAAGUUUGCUUUGAAAAAUUUGCAACUAUUUAAAAGUGUUACAAGGAAACUUGCGUUGAUUGAUGAUUUUGCACUUUUGAUUGCAAGAAGUUCUCUACUAACUAAUAAAUAGCAGUACAAUGAGUGGGAAUUUAUCCAGAGUUUGUCUCUUUAAGGAAUACUUCUCCCUGGAGGAUCUUCAUUUACCACCAAUCAGAUCUAACUACCAGGCCCUGGCACAAAAAGAUAUUGGUGAAUAUGACUCAGGACCAAGAUAUGAAAACAAGCCUUUUAAACUGCCAAAAGUAGAAGACACGAAGCAUAGUAUAAGAAAUGUUCCAAAAACAUACACCACUAGAAAAGGGGCAUUGCUUCUCUAUGCUGAGGAUUUCUUUCUACCAGGAUCUCCAAAACCAAGAAAGCGCAGACGGAAGUAUAAAAAGCAACAAACCAUGAAGCUUAAAACAAUUGGUGAUUUAAGGAAUUACAUAUUGGACUACAGGAAUGGGGUAUGCCACUCUUUUUUUUUUUUUUUUUUUUUUUUUAAUGUGAUGGCAAGCACCAAUUAGAGGGUUCCUGGUUAGAUUAAACUUUCAUACUAAUUGGUGAUAUGAUGAUAGAUCAUGGACAAAUUGAUCAUUAAUGCUCAGAAAUAAGUGGCUAUAUUAGCCAUCAAUCAAAUAGAAUUUUGAAUUAACGCUGCAUAGAUAAUUUCCAAAGGGUCUUGAUAGUAGCAGGCAUUUGAAGAAUUUUAAGUAAAAGACAAAACUUUUAAGUUUGUUAGACAUGUUUUGACAGAAACUUAUGUAAUCUUCAGUUAAUUAAUGUACAAAGCAUUGAAAGUUGAAUUUAUAAUAAGUAGAAAAAUGCUAUUUAUGAUAAAUGGUGACAACAAGAAAGAGGCAAAGCAUGAAAGUGUGAGAAUUAAAAGGAUAGUUUUAGAUUUACAUGGUGUACCUGUUGGUUCAAAGAGGGCUGUUCUCUUUGAAUAUCAUGUAGCUUCUUUUAUCUUGAGUUGAAAACCAGUAGAGGCAUGAUCCAAAAAAUUGGAAGCUAAUCUGCUGAACACAAAGUGCGACAAUGUUCAGAAUCUUGCAAAUGUUUGGAAAUGUCACUGGCCUUGUCACUGACUAAGUGCUCUCUAACACAUGUGGAAAAAUGCCGGCACGUUUCGCUGACAGAACAGGCAUUACAGCCGGUACAUACAAACUUACAAACCACACGUGAAUGGAGCUGGUCAGGUAUAAGGUCUUUCGCACCAAACAAGUUGCCAAUCUUGAAAGAAGAGAAAACUAGCUUGAUAUCCAAGUCUUUGCCAUAGUGCUUAAUAAAGUGGUGAAUCUUUUUCUUAGUGAUAGGAGAAAAAUAACCUAUGUAGGGUAGCUUAAAGUAAAACAUAGGUGAAUUGGUGGGAAAGGAACCCUGGGGAUGAUGCUUGCUUUGGGUCCCAGUGAUGUAACGGUUUAUAACAGGUAAUUUAGUGUUAACAACUGGGUUGAAAAUGUAAAUUAACCAUCGUAAAGGGUAAAAAAGCUGAUGUUUCGUUAGCCCUUUGUCAGAGCAAUGGUGAAGGGCUAAUGCUCGAAAUGUCAGCUUUUUUACCCUUUACAGUGGCUAAUUUAUGUUUUCAACCCAGUUGUUAACACUAAAUUACCUGCUAUACUCUCCCACCGACACAGAACCACAGUUUCUUUAAAAACUUACCCCUUUAUUUAACGGUUUAUAACCUUUUCGAUUCAAUGGGCUGGGAAAAGAUUCUUUUUUAGAAUAUCAAUUAAAAUUUUUUCAGCCAAAGUUUUUCAUGAUUUUCCAUAAAAAGAUUAGCUAAGACGGGAGGAAGGGGAAACCCCAUGGCUAUGCCAUCUAUUUGAUCAUAGAAAGAACCAUUAAAUUGGAAAUGAGUCUGGGCAGCAGCUGUAGUGAAGAGGCUUCUAAGUUCAGGUUUACUUAAUUGAAUGUCAGGAUUGCCCUCGGAAAUGUAAUUGAGUGCUAAGUCAAUACACUCAUCAAGGGGUAUGUUAGUAAAGAGACUUUCAACAUCAAAAGAAACCAUUUAUGAGACAUAGAUAAAGAUUGGAUGUCCUGCACAAAAGUAAAAGUGUCAGUGGCAGUCAGUAAUUAGCUGGAAUGUGAGGCAUUAAGAGACUACAUAGGUACUUGGCCAGGUUGUAAUAAUUAUUGUAUAUUCUAAUAGAAGAUAUGAUGGGGCAAAAUAACAGCAUAGAGUUAGGUCUAUGAUCCUUACAUGCAUUUUGGGAAGGUCGUAGAUUCUUGCUGGCUGGGAGCCUUUGGUGUAGAUGUUUUCAUGCACAACGUUGUCAAGAUGACCAUUUUUCUUCAAUAUUCAGAGGAGUCAUUACAGUUGACCUUCUCUCAAUAGGGUGGGAUCACCCUUAAUGGGCCAAAAAUUGGAAGUGUCAUUGAUGAUUUUGAGGAUACCCUGGUUGUAAUCUAUUGUGGGAUGGUAUGAGGAAACAUAAGAAUAAGCCAAAUGAGAAAGAUCCAAAGCAAGUUUUCUUGCUUGUUUAGUGUCUCUGAAGUUCUUAAACAUAGGCCAUUUUUCUGCUAUCACUCAGAAAAAGAUUCGCCCUUUGACCUGAGUCACUUUGUUCACUUGAGAAUUUCAACUGUUUCAGCUCAACAAAACUUUCAAUUCAUUCAUGACCUAUCAUGUAACAGAGUCCAAAAGGUAUCCAAUUUCACUGGUAUGCUGUUAUGAUACUGCUUACCAAAUUCAAUCUUACGCAUGGGUGGAUGUUUAAUGGAAGUAAAAAUAACUUUGCAGGGUACUAGUUUUUGACUGGAUGAUAAGCAGUAAUAAACAACUAAUAAGUGCCUUUUUAAGUUUUGCACCCAUAUCAUGCCCUCAGAUAGAUCCCGCUUCCCAUCCUCUCCCAUCCCCUGUCCCCCUCCACUGUGCAGGGGGGAGUUGUAAUAGGCUAAUUUUAUUGGUGACUGUUGAAAGUUUCCCAAGCACUGAUUUUUGCUUUUCUGUCAUCUAGGGUGAUCCCCUUUUUCUUGCACUUCUUGAGAAGCAGAUGAGUGGCUUCAAAGACCAGUCAGUAAGACCAGGCUUUUCACCAAAACGUUACAUUGCUACUCUUGGAAAUUCACUGGAAGAGGACACUUGGAAUCGUUUAGCAGCUACAGGAUCAUUUAAGGACCCCUCAUUGUUGACCUAUAUCCCACAAAGGACUCCCGAACAUGGUGAAGCUAUUUGUAGUCUUUUUUCAGGGAAACCACAGCCAUAUAGUACAAUGUCACUACCUCCUAUUUCUCCUUCAAGUUCAAUGCUUGAAAGCUCUUUUCAUUUUUAUAAGAAUGGAAUGUCAACCGGUGCUGCAUCAAUGAUCUCUUUAAACAGUGAAACUGAAGAAUAUGCACCAUCCUCAAGGGCUUUGAGUCCAGCAGAAUCACUGAAUGAGCGUCUGUCAGAGGUUGAGUUUCUACCCCAAAGAAAAGACCCAUAUAGUCAGUUAAAUUCCACUCAAAAAGAGAAUCUUUUAUCACAACUUUUGCUACAGAGAACUUUAGAGUCAAUGAAUUCUGAUUUGUCAGACCUCCAAGGAUGGGUAACCAAUUAUCCCGAAUCUGGAGGAGGAAUGGAAAAGGAUCCUGUCUCUGUGGUAACAAUAUCAAAAAGUAAAGCAAAACACAGAGGAAGCCUGAAAUCAGGCUCUUUGUCCUCAAUACCACGUUUGCCACCCAUACAGUCUGCAGGUGCUCGGCCUUCAACACCUGUUGAAUUGAAAGAAGAGUCACCAUUGCCGCAGAUAUCAAUGGAACAAACUAUUCACCAACAACCAGAUAUCACCACUGAAAAAGAUGAAACUGAUAACAUUCUUGAUCCUAGUUCUGUCCAUCUACAUUUAAGUUCAAUCUUGGUGGAUGAAAAUAUUCCUUUUGUUGAUCAGGGAGAUCUUCAGGGAAGAUCGCAAGGUUAGUAACAUGUAAUUAGGUUAGUUUUCCAUGAGCUAUAAUCUUCUUGUAAGCUAACUUAUUGUUUGCUUUAUAUUGAUAAAAAAUCCCAAUUCAAUUUUAGUAAACAAUCUUGAUUUCUGAAAUGUUAGAAAUGUACCUAAACUUACUUACAUGUAUGUGUAAUGAAUACCAUGUGAUUCAAUUUACAAUAGACCCUGCCAACUCAUACUCCAAGGAGAAACAAAAAAUGGCUUAAGUUAGCAAGGUUCAAGUUAGCUGAUAGUGAUUGGCUGUAAAAUUGGGUCAAAAGAAAUCCAAUCUUGUUUGAGUUACCAGGGGUUUGAAUUAACCCAGUUCAAGUCAGGGGGUUCUUCUGUAGUUUUUAUUUUGCACCUACUGUGUCAUUGAUUUGUGUUCAUUAUCAUAACGAUACAUACAUGUAAUAAUAUAUAUAUAUAUAUUGUGUUAUCUGUUCCAAUAUUAUGAGUUGCAGAUUUUUUUUUUUUUUGACAUCCAUUCAAGACUAAAGCCCCAAUUGCUUAGAUGGUUAUUAGCUUGAGGAAUUUCUCCCUAUAGGUGCUCACCAAUCCUGUUUUUUUUCUAGAAUUUUGUCAUUUACAUUUCUCAAGUCAAAUGUUAUGUCUCACUAACUAGGCAUAAUCUUUAAUGUAAGCUAUUGUGUCUGGUAUUCAGUGAGGGGUGGUUCCUGAUUCUGAUACUAAUUUUGCAUUCUUGAAUUGUUUUCAAAACACUGGUAUCUCAGGGAAUGUUUCAUGGACAAAUACAUUUGCUGUUUUGGAUAACCAUUAAGUUAAAUGCAUUUUCCAGACUCCUCCUCUCCUGUCUUGUAGGUGAUGGAGAUACAGUUAGUUAUUCUAAAGAAACUACAGCUGAUAUUGAGGAUGACAUGAAACAAGAAGAUCAAAGUGAGAAUGCCAGCCAAUCAGUGAUCAUGAGGAAAAGCAGUGAAGGUACCUCUUACAUCUAAUAUUCCUCCCUUUAUUUUCAGGGUUUUUAGGAAGAACUACAUGUACAAAUACAGAGCAAAAAAAUUUUUAAAUAUAGUACAAAAAAUGACCCCAAAAAACAACCAAUGAUGCAAGACUGCAUAAUUAUAAAUUCAUCAUCUGUCAUCUGUACUUUUAAGAGUAUUUUAAACUGAAUAAUGUAAACUUUUGCAGUAUAGCAUCAUGAGUUUCCAGAUUUGACAUGGAAUAUGAAGUAUACUGCUUUGUGGAGAAUUACAUGAACAAGUAUUGCAUUCUACUUUGAUAAACUGCUAGAUUGUCCUACCAAAUUUUAUCGGAUGUCUUCAUAACUUAGAGAGAGAGGAAGAAAUUGCAUUAAAACUGGGGAUUUUUUGUCACAACUUCAACCUAUCAGAAGAGAUUGAUUUUUAACUGCCCCUUGCAAUGUAAGUACAUUACUCACAGUAGCAAUGUGAAUAAUUAAACUUAUCAGUUAGAGGGAGAGUGCCUUGAUAUGACACCAAAUCCAAGAAAGCAAUUCAAUGACAGCUUGAAUGCGACAACUAGAAAAGAGAAUUACAUUUAAAUCUCGUCUUCUGUCCCAGAAUCAGAUCAUCCUGGGAUUCAAAGAAGCCCAAACAAAUGGAAAGAGAAUUCUGGCUGUGAAAAUUCAGUGGAAGAUCAAGGGAUGAUAAAAAGUGAUGACAUGAUUGCACUUGAUGACAUUGUGCUGAGUGAGGACACUACCUAUGAUGAUAAAAGGCAAAGUACUCAAGGAGAGGAGAUCAAACAUAAGCAGACAUUAGAAAAUGUGGACCAAAUGGAAGAACGUUCUGAAGAUGACAGUCAGCCACAGGUGCAGAAGAUAGAUAUGGCAGAAUUAGAUCAUACGCAUACAAAAGCUGAUGAUGAGGAUGAAGGAAUUGGAAUUGAUGAAGGUGUGGUUGAUAUGAGUGAAAAAAUGGGAGUUGCUGAUGACAAUUUGGCAAUUACUGAGGAAGGUAAUCUUAAUUUUUAUUUAAGGAAAUACAGUGUAUGAUAUCCGAUCUCAUUAUUAAAUUACCUUUGAUCGGAAAGUAAAUUUACAAGAUAUUGCAGAUCUUCUCAAUGUUUUUAUGAUUUUUAUUAUAAUAUAUUCAUGUUUACUACAUGAAUUGACAAGGAUACCUUGUCACUUUUCAACUGGAGUGAAUUCACAUGAACGUUACAUUAAAUGUUGGCAUAUGUUACAUUGAUAGCAAUGUUGCGUGAUGUGGUGAUACAUUGUGUUCUAGGCAUCCAGACCAGUCAGGAGAACACCUCAUUGCCACCAGCUGAACCUCCUCCCCCAAUAAGCUUGGAGGAACUUCAGGGGGAGGCUCGAACUGUGGCCAGUAAAGUUCUUAGUCGUCCACAAUCAGGAAUGGUGUUUAUGGAGGACAUAAAAGCUGCCAUUGCAAUGUGGGCUGAUCGCCUAACAAACCUUUUAGGACCCCCUCGACAAGGUAUAUAACACAAUGUCAAUUUGUCAAUGCUAUGUAAAGAAGGAUUUUACAGAUUUGCCUCUAGCGUGAGACAAGGGAAAAUAUUUGAGAUCAACGGGAUUUUUUUCAUUCCUUUUGGUGUUGAUAGCAAAAAAAUAAUGAAAUUAGGCGAGUGCAAUCCAAUUUUAUCUUUGAAGCCAGCAAUCUUUACCAGUGCACUUUGAAGUUGAAUUCAAUUAAACUUAAUAUUUUAAUUCGUUUUACGAAUGUAAACACCCUUUAUGCUGUAUUGAGAAAGACCUCCACAUAAAUUGCUUAGGCCCUUCAAGCAAAAUUACCGAAAUAGAGUUGAAGAGUGAGAUACCCGCACGAAAUACAAGUAUGUAAAUAUAUGUGGUAAGAAUAUAUUCUCUGUCGAUUAAAAUUUACGUUUCGUAUGUUACAAAUACAUUGUGGAUCGUGUGAAAUGGAAACUCUUUCGCGGUGUUGAUGCCAUAUCUAUCUUGAUCAUCAGAUUUGUAGCUUUACACCAGUCUUUGCAAUUCAUAUUGCAUGGGCUCUGAUCUACCGCCAAUGUAAAUCAGCAGGCACGAGGCUUGAGUUUGUCCUUUGUUCUGGGUUUUUUUUCCCUUUUGAUCUCUCUUAUUUUCCUCGUCCUUUUACUGCAACGCAUAAGUUAACCAGAAAUACUAUCGUCACUUCUGUUUAUCCAACACUUACUGCUGUUUUAAGUUGUUCAAGUUAAUUUUGUUUGCUUUCAGCGGAACGUGUCAGCUCUGCUAACCAUCAAAGACAACAUUCAACACACCUGGCAGCAAAGGAAGGGUUAGUUCGCCAUGCAAGGCAUCGCAAGAUGAGCAGGUCGGCAGGUCCAUCACCUGCAGCUCUACGGGAAGCGCUCAGGAUUUCUGGAGGUAAGCAAAUUGACAGCUUAUAGCAGAUAGUACGUUUACAAUCAGUGCAAUAAAACGCUAGAGCUUUGAGUACGCCGUAGAUAGAAGUUGAAAUGAUUGUCUUGUGAUAUCAGGACACUCCACCCCUUCCCCCCGAACUUGCGUAACUCGUUAAGAUGUCAGUCAUUACUAGUGAUUCAUAUCAUCCAGCGAAGUUAGAAUAAGUUUGAAAGUGUAAGCUCAUGUAUGUGUUCGUCACAAAUAUUGCUACAAACACUCUGUAAACAUAUAAGUAAAUCUGUCAACCCUUUACACCCUGACAUCAGGAUCCAUAUUCUUCGUAUUCUAUUCUCUACACAUUUUCUCAGGUGCGGGCAAGAAGAACUUGUUUAACAAUCAAGAGCCGAUGAUCAUUUAGAGUUUAUUUUUCUAGCCUUAGUGUGUGAUUCAGGGGUGAUUUUGUAGGAGAAAUGAGAUGCUUGUCAUUCUUAGUGGUUAAGAAGUUAAUAAAGCAGUUAUAAUUACCAAUCUUGUUCUACGAAUACUGACUUGGUGACGUGCUUCAGUGCGACUUGGUUAACGAGUAAGUUACAACUUUCGGUAACGUUUAAAUAAUCAAACAAGGAUAACUGUCCAAACGAUCAUAACUAGUUAUAACUACUACAAGCAAUAGCUGACCAUUUUCCUGACACCUUUUUUUUGACCAGUUUGUGCUGUUAAGCAUGUCACUUUCAGUUCAUCCACAUGUUUGUUUGAUAAGCCACAAAUUAGUGCGCUUUUAUUUCACAGGUGAAGUGAUGGAAAUAGAGGUCCUAAAAAACUUGCCACCACUCCCCAAACGAUUGAGCAAGACCAGCCAGUCGCAGCCUCCUGGCCUAGAUACCAGUGUCCAUAAAUUCUACGAGAAACGUGAGUUUAUUAUCCGUGGUUACAUGAUAGCGUGAUUGCUCCACUCCAUCAUGUGUUCCAAAAAAAAUGAGAGCAACUUGACUGGACAGAAAUAGAUCUUAUUGACUAAGCAUGUUGUGUCAGGGUAGGUUUAAUAAUUGUUUCUAUGAUUAGUAGAUAACUAGGCAAUUGGCUCUCUUGUUCUUUCCCAAAAUUGUUGGAGAAGGAGUCUUAUAUUCAUUGGCCUUGACCAAACAUGCAUGGUCAGUGAAGGAUUUUGUGAGUUGGCCAACAGAUUACAGGCGAAAAAAAAAAGGCUUAAUUGGAAAAAAUAGUGAGCCUCGUUUUGGUUUCCUUUUCGGCUUCUGUUUUGUGAACCCAAGAACUUGAGUUUUAAAAUGUAGCCAUUCCGACCUAUCUUUCCCGUAUUGGGAGAUUUAAGAUUAUAUCUAAAAUGAUUUCCCUGUGCUUCAUUGCUGUGUAUAAACUCAAUUUCUCUCUUGUCCACUCAAAGAUGGCUCCGCAUCAACCAAACGAUCUGGUUCGUCUAAUGCAGCUCAAUCGAUACCCUGGGAACGGGUUUCAAAUGCUGACGUGCAAGUUGACGUUUUUAGUUAUGCAACUAAAGACGAAGAGCCUAGCUUUCAUAGAGUUCAGUUUGAUGAGAUCGAUGAUGAAGAAUCAGAUGACGAGGAUGAAGAAUUCAAAACAGCUUUGGAUGCUGUUGUAACAGAGGUGAAACAGGACUACACUUUGAUCGAAGCAAGGUCAAGAGUGGAAACUUCGUCCCCAAAGAAAGAGCAGAAGCCAUUUCAGUUUCCCCGUCCGGCAGAAUCUAAGCCGCCAGCUGGUCUCCAAAACAAACAAACACAAGGACAAGUCAAAGGGAAAGCCAAGUCAGUGCCCGCUAAGAAAAAACCUGUUGUGAAAAAAAGGGCGGGCAAGAAAUCAACAAAAGAACCAUCCAAAGCCUCGAAUAAAACUUCGAAAACAGGGAAAGGGAAAGGAGAGACACAGAAAAAAAAUAAUCAGGAAAAACAAGAAAAUCUUUCUGACGUAAAAGCGGCGGAAGGAGAGAAGGCUGACCCUUUAAGAGUUGACUCGGAAACAGGUGAACAUGAACCGGCAACAUCACAAAGAACUGUUGUCUCGUCGGCUCUUUCUGGAGUGACCUCAUCUAGAGUUUCCUCUAAAGCUUCUGAUGGGUUAAGCGAAAAGAAAACUGCAGAUUCGCCUUCAGAAAGACACGAUACACCAGUUGUUGAGGUUCCUUUUCUGGCACCUAAACCUCCUGAGCCUCAAAUUAUUCAGCCAGAUCCGGAACCAGAAGUAGAGAGAACGCCUGAACCUGAGGAGCAAAAACCCUCUCAGGAGUCUAGAGCAGCUAGAAGGGCAGCGGAACGAGCGGCUGCCGCAGAAAGAAGACGCCAAGAGGUCGAACGUAAGAGAAGGGAGAGGGAAGAGGCCAAGAAAAGAGCAGCUGAGGAGGAGACUCGAUUACAGCAACUUAGGCUAGAGGCUGAAGAAGAAAUGAAGAAAAGGGAAGAAGAACUUAGGUAAGACUGUGAACAAUGAUCAAUGCAUGUCUGCAUGUAUAGUUUCUAUCUGAAGCUGAAAGCACGAUGAUGGUUAAACAUGAUUGUAAAAUCUGAAAUUUCUUGUUUCUCAUCACCAUCGACCGCUCUCUCUCACCCACCAUGUUAUAAGAAAUGUUCCUUUCAGCGCACAUUUAUUCUCUUGCUUGUGCUUGUGUUCGAGCAUGUGCUUACAAUUAUACUUGUGCUCGCAGUUAUGCUUGUGCUUAUGCUUACGUUUGUACUUGUGUUUCGUACAUCCUGAUUUGUUCAUGUGCAUACAUUGAUGAUUAUGCUUUUGAUUCAACAUGAGCUAUCCUAUCGUGCAUGUGCUUGUGCUUGUGCUUGUGCUUGUGCUUAUACUUACAUGUAAGUAGGUGGUCAUUCUCGUACUCAUAAAUAUGUUUUUGUGCAUGUGAAUGCUGUUUAUUAAGAAUUAAUUCAUGCUCAGUGAGCGAGUAUCAAGGUAUGAGAGUGCCUAAAUUACAUGCGGUGGGACGUUUGGAGAGCACAGCGAGAGUAACCAAGAGCAACGUAAGAGCGACUUUUUUUUCAAGACCGCGUGAGGUCUGGUUUAAGUAUAAAACAGGACCAUUUCAUUUAAUUUGGAGCUCACGGCACGCUUCUGAAAAUCACCUAUAUUUCAAAAUCUAAAUAUCGCAUUUCGUGGCAAAUUUUCAAGUAACAUUUUUCCCAUGUGGUGUAACUCAGAAUCGGUUCAGGUCAAGCUCAAAAUAAGUGGAAAUAAUGUUGUUUUCUAGGAUAUAAAUAUAGUUUCAUUUCCGACAUAAUUUAAUUAUGUACCCUGUUAUUAAAUCCGGAUUCCAACCAAAUUUUAGCAGUUAGUACCGUGUUCGAUCAGGAAACCAAUACAGUAAGCUAAAAUUGCAAAGCUGACGACGACAGAUUAAUUUUUAACCCUGCUUUCGUUUCAAAUUCUCAUCUAUUUCCCAUGGCGAAAUUGUUUACCAUAACACAUUCCAUAAGCUAGCGGCAGGUGUCUGUUUUUCUUCGCAUAUUCGAACACAUGUAAGUUUUCAGAAAGUUCAAGGAUAAAAUUGAGCCUUAUUGUGGACUUGAUAUAGGAUAAUUCAAUCAUUUAUACCGGUAGAUCAACAGUUAUUUGUUGAAGACGGAAGGCAAUCUGAUAGUAAUGUAACACACCUAAGUGAUUGUCACACAAGGCUAAACUUCUUGUAAGAAAUUUUCUUGUUCCCUUCUUGCGAUUUUUCGGCUACGUAAUUAGCACUUUUAACAACUUUUUCAUAUGCUGAUAUACAAUAUGUUACCUAGAAAGGGUCAUUUCACUGAAAAGCAGAGAUACGACUGUAGUAGGACUAUACCCAAGACUCUCUACUUAUUGAUCAGCUAUUAAUUUCAUCGUACAAGCUCCAAAACCUAGAUCUUGUGGACCUUUUCUUCUGAGCCAUCCGCGUUAAGCGCCUUCAUAUUGAAUGAUAAACCACGUAUAUUCCACUGGAAAGACUUGACACAUCUGGUUCAAAUUCCCCAUCCCCCUCAGGUAAGGUUCAAACUUCCCCCCCCCCUCCCCCUCCGCGGCACGGACGAACGGACGACAGUCAAAUGCCCGUGGGUUGCCCGGAGAGGAUGUUGAAACUUCGAAUUAAUCGGUACAUAACGUCACUGACACUGAUUCAACGUUAAUUGCACAUCAAAAUCUAAACAAUGAAUGUCAAUUAGUACGCUUCGCUCAAGUAAUUCGAUUGAAUUAACGACCACGCCUAUGUAGAAAAAGACAAACUUGCGAUCACGAGCGACUCGUAUUUCUCUACAAUUAAUUUAUUUAAAAAUGAUUUUCUUAUUUUGUUGGAAUUACAUUUUUUGAGACUUUAAUUCAACUCUCUUUUCAAAGAAAAACAAAAUUUUCUCAAAGCUUCCAUGAUGUUCAGAUCACAUCUAUUGAGAUAUUUCUGCAAAGAAAAGUUUUGAUUUAAACUACGCGUCGAUAGAUGCUCCUGUGAAAUUAUUUUUAGAUGUUUAUCGUCUUUUGUAGUGUCACGGCAAGAACUGGAAAGAUUACAUCUUCGGAUCUACAUAAUUUGCUGAUCAAAACGAAAAAAUGCAUCCUCUUCAAAGAAAAAAAUUUCCUCUAAAUUUCAUGAUGCGCUAAUCACACCUAUUUAGAAGAUAUUUCUGCAAAGAAAACUUUUGUUUUUAAUUGCGCGCAAACCUGAAACAAUUGUGAGAUGUUUAUCGUCUUUUUCUGUCUUCCUUACAGUCACGACAAGAACUCAGAACAUAAUGUGCUAGUGGCUAUAGGUCAGAAAUUACAAAAGGAUAGAACUCAACUGUGUAUCGAUUGCGAGUGUCGAACUAAUAAGAUACUCCGAAACAAAGCAGACUGGAAACAAACAGUAAUUAGCACCAGGAGUGGGGAUAAGAUCGGAAUUCUACUGUUACACUCACAUACCCGAUCACCCACUCACUCAUCUCGACGACAUGUUUGGCUUCGCCUUCUAUAGGAGGUAGUAGCCACAGAAAAGAAAAACUGGAAAAAAGGUAGCAAAAAACGCACGUUUAAAAAUUGUUCUUUAAAGUUCCUUGCUGAAUCUGCGAUCAGUUUUGCGUGAUUAUCCUUUAGCAUGGCUGGAUAACUCUGCUAAAAUGCACGACAUCUUUGUGACCCUCUCCUCCACCCAAAACCCGAAGAACAUCGAUGCCUGGAACAGGUCCUCUGGUCCGAUUGCUGAAAGGUGUGAAGAAUUGGCGCUUGAGCUAAAAUUUAUUCCAAUCGGGCCUCAAAAUCGGUAUUGCCGACAGACUUUCGGUGUUUAGAAAUGACUUAACUGAAGAAUCAAAAGCGUCACCUUUUUGUCGAAGUAGUAGUUUUAUCUUGCGAACAGUAUCCCCCAACCAAUGCCAGAAAAGACUGAUUUCCACUUCUGAAAGUUUUGCAACUAAAACUCUCAAUUUGUGAAGAACGUUCUCUACUCAGCUAGGAUUCUUUGUUUGUAUUAGUGAUUUCAAAUGACACAAUGUCCAUCACACUUUUAUCUUCAAUUCUAGUUCACCUUAACUAUCUGAUUCCGUCUUCAGCUCCACAUUCGGUAUUCUUCUGCUAUUUCACUCAUUUUGAACUCUACCUCUGUUUCGUCUGUAGUCUGAAUUUUGAUUAUUUUCCAGGGGUUCCUUUGUUAUUCUUUUCCUCUCUCUCCUUUCCCCUUUUAUUUUGUUUGUGUUGUAUCCUGCUUUUUGGCUCUUCCAAAUAAUGUCACUAUUUACGUAUAGCGGCAGCACUAUUUAACUCUGCACGAGAUCGCCGCUGCGAAAUAAAGCAAGUCUCACAGCGAUGACUAAGGGAUAAGAAAAAUAUAUUGAAACUAUAAAUUUGGAAAGAAUUUUCAGAUGUGAUUUAGUGCAAUCAGUUUUUGUAAUGUAAGUAUUAAAAACUCUCUACUUUUCAGUGGAUUCAGUCUUUAAUGAUAACUUAUUCUACACUAUCAUAUGAACAAGUUUGUUGAAGCUCUAUUCGCGAAUGUUCUUGGCAGAAAAAUUACAAGAAAGAAACAAAAAAUUUUAUCGUGAUGGCAAUUUAUUAAGCUUCUUUAGUACUCUCCAAGCUUCCCAAGUGCUUCCAUACUUUGAUAUCGACAGCUUGAAGCAUACACCAACUUAACACUAGCCUGUGCUUAAAUUUACAUAAUAUUCUCCUGUUUAUGCUUUUGUUAGCAAAACUGCUUAAGUCAAUUUUUUAUUCUUGUACUUAUGUACGUUUUCUACUAAUGCUUUCCACUUACGCUUAUGCAUUUGUUGUUUCUUGUGGUAGAGUUUGAACAAGUACAAUUUUGUGUUUGUACCAAAUUGAUCGAUGCGCUUGUACGAUUAUCAACUUGCAAGUCUAAACUAAUGUUUUGGUGCAUUUCGUGUUCAUGUAUGACGCUACUUUUUCAGGAAUAAUUAUUUUCAACAAUUCGAGCGUAAAUAUCGACAAACAUAAAUCCCUUUCAUUUCCCUGUUCUAGAACGGAGUUCUCUUUUCCCAGAAUAACGUGUUCACUUAUCAUUUUGGUUUACGUGCAUUUCUAGUGUUGUGGCUAUGCUGCUUGAUUCGUUGGUUCCCUCAGAGAAAUAAGGUGAUACCAUGAGAGCCCAAUGCGUUAUUGCCAGUGAACUUUUGCUUGUUUUGUUCACGGCUGAUCUUUUCCAAAUUUUCAGUGAAGAUCUGCCGUAUUAUGUUCACAACUUGAGAAGAUUAUGCUUGAUUUUGGCAGAAAGUUAGUUUUGGUUUUGUUCAGGGUGAUAAUGUAUUGUUCGUCUUUUUGAAGGCGAAAACGAGAGGAAAAAGAAGAAGCAAAACGGCGGAAACAGGAAGAGGAGAUGGAGCAAGAGCGGCUAGCGAGCAUUAAAGUUGAAAGAGAACGUCGCGCGAAGGAGGACUGGAAAAAACGACAACAACAGGUACUAGCACAGAGAAAACUCGAAGAGGAAUUGCGUAAAGAACAAGAGAAAAUAGAGGCUGAACUUGAGGCUGCGCGGCUAAGGGAAGAAGAAGAGAGGAUUAAAGCUAUGGAGGAGUCAGAGAGGAUAGCAUUCCUGGAGAAAAUGCGUCAAGAAGAGGAGGGACUGAGAAGGCGACUGGAAGAGCAGAGAAGGAAGGAGGAGCGCGAAAGGAAGCUUCGAGAGGAAGACAGAAAACAACGAGAAGACGCUCUGGCUUUACUACGGCAGCAGCAGCUACAAAGACAUUUGUUUAUCGCAGGAAUCCUCAAAGAGAGUCAUUACCUUUCAUUGUCCCAACGAUUAACCAAGGCCUUUACGUUUUCAUACUUUGAUCUUAUUCCAUGGAAUCAUUUACAGCAUUUAAAACCUCCGCCUUCUCCAGUCCGAGACCUUCUUCACUCGGUUAGAGAAAAUAUCCCUCCAACCAUACUGGAAGAAGACGAAGUGACAGAAGAUUAGCAUAUGGAAAAUUAUCACUUCUCAGAAAUAGUCUUAAAAACAAAGAAAUUGGUUCAUAUGAAGAUAUUAAAAUUGAAUUUUGAAAGCUCC